UUAAAAAAGAGAUGCUUUCAAAUGGAAUUUCCAUCUAGCAUCAGCAAAUUUUUAUUUCUAGUCACUUUGAUGACAGCUUCUCAUGACUUGGAAAAUGUAGCCGGUGAGCCUGUGAGCUUGAAAAGGACUUUAGAUUCUGGCAUACGUUAUGCUCAGUUUGUGGGCAAUUCAUUCACAGAGCUCACAAAUUCAUCGUUCGCAACACUGAAAGUUGAAAGUCUUGGUGAAUGCACCUUCCAAUGCAUCAACAGUCAGAAAUGUAUUUCUGUAAACUUUGCCGGUCAUCAAACCCAAGGAAAACACAUUUGUGAACUGCUAAACGAAGAUAAGUUCAGUCGAUCGGACAAGGUUGUCUCCAACGAUGAUUUUCACCAUUAUCACAUAAAGACGCCGUGUAUGUCAAAUCCAUGCAGAAAUGGCGGCACUUGUCAGCCGAUUUACGACAAAGACGAUUACCAAUGUCACUGUCCAUUUAAGAACCUGCAUGGAAAAAACUGUGAAGAUUUGUUAUGCAACGAUGAAACCCUCGACAUCUGCACGCAAGUAAUGAUAUCAUGGGAGGUGAAGUCUACUGACUCAAAAAGCGUCGUGUUAAACAACUGUGAGGAUGCUGCCAAAAUCCAACGUGGAGAUGAAAUACUUUUUAUCGCAACCAGAGGGAACCUAAUCAAUCAUGGCAAAUACGAGAUCAUGAGGGUGGACAACAUAACUGGCUGUGAUCUCACAUUGACCGGAGCCUUUACUCAGCCAGUUAAGUCCAGCGACAGUUACACCAUCGCCCAACUAUUUCCAAAGUACAAAAAUGUCACCCUCAGGAAGAAAUGUGUUCUGACAUGUCGAACGCAAGACAGAGGUCAUGGAGGGAUUCUGGCUCUGAGAGCUAAAAUGUUGUACAUCGAUGGAACCUCAGUGAUAUCAACCACUGGUUUAGGAUUUCGUGGUGGACAAGGUGGUGACUCACGGGGUGGGGGUGGGUAUGGUGGCGAGUCCUUCAUGUACAUUCAGACAGGAACCAAUGGGAAAGGAGGAGAUAUUGUUGGACCUUCGUGGGCCAUAAACUCAAAUGGACUUGGAGGGGGAGGGGGAGGGGAUGAUUUUGCGUCACGAGGUGGACCUGGAGGAUACAACUCCGGAGGGGGAGGAGGUGACUCAACGGUUAAUAGUGAUGAUGGUGCGGGCGCAGGAGGAGGAGGUGGACAUUUUUCUGGUGGCGGGGGUGGCGGUGCUGGAACUGGCUGUGGUGGCAGGGGAGGUACAGGAGGGACAGCUUCAUCUGUUAUCAAUGUGUUGGCUGGCGGAGGAGGGGUGGCAGCCUGUACAGCAGGCGCUGGUGGAAAUGGGAGCCAGCAGGGUCAGCCUGUCAAAGGGGACUGUUCUUCAGCUCGCAGAGGAACAGCAGGGAAUGGAAGUAAAGGGGGCGGAGGAGGUGACUCGUCAUGUCAUCCUGCUUAUGGUGGGGGAGGAGGAGGGGGUGGAAUGCAAUUUGGCAACACAGACUUCACAAACCGACUCAGCUACGGUGGGGGAGGGAGUGGUGGAGGUGGCUCAGCUUUUACAGAUGAUACCAACCCAGGGGGGAGGGGAGGAAAUGGUGGUGGCCUGGUGUUUCUUCUUCUUGAGAAGAUGACUUUGGAUGGGAAAAUUGAAUCGAAAGGACACCCAGGGGAAUGCCUCAACAGGAAGGCCCACAGAUCUGCCCCCGGGGGGAGUGGUGCGGGUGGAAGUGUCGUCAUCAUUACCGAGACAUUACAGGGAAGUCCUCAUGGUAAAAUUCUUGUUGAAGGUGCUGGACCUGUACAGUGUGCAUUUGGUGCUGGAGGAGGUGGCGGGGGAGGCAUUGGUCGUUGGGUGGUGAAAACAAAUGACGAGCUGUUUACCUCCGGAUGAUGUACAAUGGAAGGCACUACGUCAAAUAACACGACUUAAGGAAUAUCAGACUAAAUCAACUAAAAUCACUGGCCUAAAAGAUCUCUGUGGAAUUCAAGACUCCUUUUGUAUUUUACUAUAACUCUGGCUCUGGAAGUGUCGCGUGAUAUUGAUCUCAGACUUAAUUCGGGCUGUUAGAUAGAGGCUUUUAAUUGCUAAAAUAUAAAUAAAAAUAAAACCCUUCCCUCCCGACUUACUUCAAAACAAAAACACGACUAGAGAUACUAAGGACGUCAGAGGGCUUAAACGACUCUCAGAGGAUCAUGACUAAGCAAUCAAGUUGUUAUGUUGUUUAAGGGCCUGAUUACAUGAGGCGGGCUGGCCCUGUUAGCCGGGCUGAUU